GACAGGAAGUGAAACAGGAUGGUGAACUUUUCUGGUGCUUCUGACACAGCUGCUGGGGGGACUAAGCAAACAGUCUAUAGUUUCUGGAGCUGCUCUGAGGCAUCCCAAUGUUGGCGGGUGGCCCAUCUGGGCAGCCAGCCCUGCUCUCCCUCCUUUUGGCUGUGGUGUUGCCUUUUUUCUGCUUAGCCAUAUCCAUAGAUGAGGCACGGAAUGAGCUGAUAAAGAGAGAGAAGAUGAUGCGACUUGGUGGGCAACUGGUGCUGAAGAAAGAAGAAGAAGAGGCCAAUGGAAAACUCAUGACCCUCAAAAAGGCUGAGAUAACCAAGGCCAUGAAGACCCAGAUGUUCCCACCUAGCAUGCACUUUUUCCAGGCCAAGAAACUCAUUGAGAAGAGUGAGGUGUUCCAUAUCCUGAAGAAGAUGCCAAAAGGGGCUGCCUUACACCUCCAUGACUUCGGCAUCGUGGAUGUGGACUGGCUGGUGAAAAAUGUCACCUACAGGCCCCACUGCCAUGUCUGUUUCACUCCAAAUGGGACUUUGCACUUCAAAUUUGCCCACCCAACUCCUCCCGCCCCCAAUCAGGAAGACUGUUCAAAGUGGAUUUUGCUGCAGCAGUAUAGAAAAGAGCUAAAGAACGUCACUGAGUUUGACAACAGCCUGCAGAAGACUUUCACUCUGGUGACCGAGAACCCUGAGGUGACUUAUGUAGACCAAAACGUCAUUUGGACAAAGUUUGAAACCAUCUUCUUGACAAUCUCUGGCCUUGUCCAUUACGCGCCAGUGUUCAAAGACUAUAUCUUCCGUGGCCUGGAGGAGUUCUACAUGGACAAUGUGAUCUACCUGGAACUCAGAGCCAGGCUGCCUCCGGUGUACGAACUGAACGGGGAGACCCACGACCGAAAGUGGUGCGUGAAGACUUAUAAGGAAGUGGCUGAGGCAUUUGCGAAGGAUCAUCCUGAGUUUGUUGGACUCAAGCUCAUUUAUUCGGAUCACAGAUCCAAGGAUGCAUCUCUUAUCAAAAUAUCCGUCAAAACAGCCAUGGAGCUUCGAACCGAUUUCCCCACAACGGUGGCAGGGUUUGACCUGGUGGGGCGUGAGGACACUGGCCACACCUUGUAUGAUUACAAAGAGGCUUUGCUGAUUCCAAGCUUGAAAGGCAUCAAACUACCAUACUUCUUACAUGCUGGAGAGACAGACUGGCAGGGUACUUCGGUGGACGGUAACCUUCUGGAUGCCCUGAUAUUGAACUCCACCAGGAUUGGACAUGGAUUUGCUUUGAGCAAACACCCAGCAGUCAUGGAAGACUUACAGAAGAGAGACAUCCCCAUAGAAGUCUGUCCCAUCUCCAACCAGGUUCUGAAGCUGGUGACUGACCUGAGAACCCACCCUGCAACUGCCUUCAUGGCUGUCGGGUACCCCAUGGUGAUCAGCUCUGAUGACCCAGCUUUCUUUGGUGCCAAAGGCUUGAGCCAUGAUUUCUAUGAGGUCUUCAUGGGCAUCAGUGGGAUGGAUGCUGACCUGAGGACACUCAAACAGCUCGCCAUUAACUCUAUCAAGUACAGCGCCCUGUCGCCUACUGAGAAAAAGACUGCCAUGAAGACCUGGGAGAAGACAUGGGAUAAGUUUAUACAUGACCUGUCCAAGAAGUAAGGAGAAAACAGCCAUUCCCCAGCUAUUUUUCUGUUUCCUUUCAUAGUCAAGCUCAAAAAGAGUUACCCUGUACCAGCUGUCGUCACUUUUUAUUAAUCAUUCUCAAAUCCACUCCAAUAUAGUCUUUACCUCCAUUACUUUAUCGAAACUGACCUUGAGAAGGUUGUCAAUGGUCUCCAUAUUGACUCUCAGAAAUAUUUGACCAGUUGACCAAACUCAUCGUUUUGAAAUAUUCUUACCUUUCAACCUAAGUGACAUCAGCCAUUUUGGUUUCUUCCUCUCUCUCUUUGGCAACCGCUUCUGGGUUCCCUUCCCCAGAUCCUCCUUCUCUAUCUGAUCUCCGUGUUGGAUUUCUUCAGGGCUCAGUCUGGGCUUUCUUAUCUCCUCUUAUCACUCUAUAUUCUUUUCCUGGGACGUCUCAUCUAUUCCCCUGCUUUCAAAUACCAUUUAUUUGCUGAUGAUUUCAAAAUGUAUUUAUCUAUUUUGAUGGCUUACAGAAAACUACUAUGAGCAAUUCUGAACUCUGGCUCUCUUUUCAUCAAAUCUGCUCAUUUCCUUCUCUUUCCUAUCCUGGUAAAUGGCACCUCUAUCCAUUCCAACGAGUUGGCCAAAGCCAAAAUUUUCAGAGAAAUGCUUGACACAAUCUUCUCCCCUCCUCCCUACAUUCAGUUCAUCAUUAAGCCCAAUUAAAUCCACCUUCAGAAUGUAUCUUUUUUUUUUUUUUUUAAUAUUUUAUUGUACUUCAGGUGAAGGCU